AUGGAACCUUCUGCAGCCCAAAUGGAUGAUGAGGAAGAGUUGAUGGCUAUCGUGGCUGCCAGGAGCCGGGGGGACAACAGAGAGGCAGAGUUCACAAAGCUGGAAAUAUUUGAAUUGGCGGUGCAACAGGCAGAAGAUGAACAACCAAACAAAGAGGAAAUGGUAAAGUCAUUCCAGUCAUUGCAGCAGCAUCCCCCCACAGCAGGCGACAAGUCCACGGGAGAGGAAGAAAUCAGAAAGGAAGAAGCUAGUCUAGAGGGUGAGCUUGUUCUUCCUAAACGAAUAUUGCCUAGUGGGCAAAAUCAGUCAGCUGAAGCUACCAUGCAUCCAGGAGCAUAUGCAGUGGCCCCCCAGAACACAAAUAUUGGAUUGGACCAAUCCACCACUCCCACAGACAACAAUAAUGGAUUGGCCGUUGCAAACCAGGUUGAAGAAAAUGAAGAACAUACACAGAUUGCUAGGCUGGAUCAUUCGCAUGGGAAAAACAGAUCAACCACAAUGACUCUCCUGAUCUCUGUACUCAUUGGCAGUCUUCUCAUUGUUGGAGUGGUUAUUGGUUCCGUCUGUCGAGCUGGUCUCUGCAGCAACAAAGAAGGUGAUGUUGAGACUCAGGCUCCCACUUCCUUUCGGUAUUUUGUUUUGGAGGAGGACAUUCAGUACAGAAUUGAAGAGGCUUUUGGGCCCCACUAUUUCCCCGAAAAUGAUGAGCCAGAACCCACACAGCCAAAGUUGAAGGCUCUUAAUUGGAUUGUGUUUGAGAAUCCUCUGCAGCUCAACCCAGAUGCCAACAAGCUUCUACAGAGGUUCAUUGUGGUAUUGACUUACUUUCAAACAUCCCGGGAGAGUGAUUGGCUCGAUUGUGGGCCAUCGACCACUGGGAAUGAUGAAACGUGUUGGAUUCAAAUCGCCGAUGUUGACUUGUUGGAAAAUCAGUGGCUUACAGGUGCUCAUGAGUGUCAAUGGGGAGGAUGUUUUUGUAGCGGAGAGAACAUUACUCAGUUGUGGCUCAGGAACAAUGGAUUGAAUGGCCCUCUGCUCACAGAACUUGCAAGUCUUCCAGCACUGGAUCGAAUAGACCUUCAGGGGAACCAACUCACAGGCUCGGUUCCAAGCAAAUAUGGCAGCUUCCCUUCCCUUUCAUACCUCGAUCUUCGCAACAACCAACUGUCUGGAAAUAUUCCAUUGGAAUUGUUUGGAAACAACAAACUCUCCUACAUACUUUUUAGAAACAAUUCACUAACCGGGAUACUGCCCACAGAAGUUGGACUCUUUGUUGGAUUUGGUUCAAACAGCUUGUCCGGUUCCCUUCCUACAGAGCUCUUUCAGGCUGGCAAAGGAAACUACCUCGAUCUUUGGUUCGACGAUAACUUGCUUCUUACAGGAACUCUACCCACUGAAAUUGGAGCAUUGCAUGGAUUUAAUAUCCUCAAAGUCUUCCUGCAAGGGAACCCUUUGAGCGGAACCAUCCCAUUGGAAAUAGGACUUCUGAAAGGCUCUAUCACAGAACUUGAUGUCAGUUGGACCAACAUGGAACUCUUUACAGAAUGUACCAACUUACUUUUGACAAGGCUAGAAAUAUUUGACAUUUCCAAUAACAAGUUCCAUGGCACCAUCCCAGCACAGCUUUCUGCUCUGACAUCUCUACACCAGUUUAUUGUGAAUGGGAAUGAACUUUCUGGCUCCAUUCCAUCGUCUGUCUGUGCUUUGGCUGUACCUACAAAGGAUUACUUUGACGUGGCAGCUGCCUGUUUGCCAAGGGAUGGCACAGGCAAUCCCAAUGUAGAAUGCUCUUGUUGCACUCUGUGUUGUGACGGUGAUGCUGCUGACUACUGUUUGCCCAAGGAAGGUUCAGUCCGGUGA